AUGGGCUACAACUUUCGGAAGGCCGACGCCUGGCGGCAACACCCGCUGCUGACCAACACCUGGCGCCACUCCAUGCCUGGCCUGGGGCUGGGCCUGGUGGCGUUUGCUGCCUACGUGGCUUAUGACCAGAUGACCAAGCAGCAGAGCGGCAAGACCGAGCACCACUGA